GUGUUAUGCUUUCUAAACAUUAGCGUGUUGUUUCUCUGUAAUAUCAAACAAAAAAGGGGUUCUUCAUUCGGAAGAAUCCGGUGUUAUAAAUUGUCGUUAUAAUAAUUGUAUUGUAUUAUUCAAAUACUUUGAUAAUCUAUUACAAUAGCUGAAAAUAUGUCGAAUAUAUCGAAAAGAAGAAAAGAGGGAUCGAGAACCAAGAUCAAGAGCAUGGGAGACCACAAAGAGUUCCUGAAGCGCAUCAGUAAGACACUGUACUAUGGCCAACUACCCACAUUACCCUGUCUAAGUCUACCGGUUACAGAGAUUUCAUGUGAGCUGUGGUCGGUGUCUCAGCGCGGGCGGUCGCUCCGGCGCCUGCACGCGGACGCGGCGGCCGGCAUCGCGCGCAGCGCUUGUGUAUCGCCGUGCGCACUCGUGCUGGCCAUCCUCUACCUAGAACGACUGAAUGCUUGCAACCCUGAUUAUAUUGCCGCUGCUGCGCCUGCUGAUCUCUUCCUUGUUUCACUGAUGGUAGGUAACAAGUUCUUGCAAGAUGAUGGAGAAGACGACGAUGUGGUGUGCUCUGAGUGGGCUGCCUCCGGGGGCUUAGAGUUGAACCAGCUGAAAAAGCUUGAAAUUGAAUUCCUCAAUGCAAUAGAUUGGAACAUAUUUGUGAGUGAGAAAUCAUUUGAAGCAGGACUGUUGUGGUUGGAACGGCAAGUAGCUCUGAAGCAGGCUCAGCUGCGAGGCUUCUUCACGUACAGCGACCUGGUGGCUGCCAGUGACGCCGCGCUGCUGCCGUCGCUGGCUCGCGGACUGGGCGCAGCCUGCGCGUCCCUAACGCUGGCCUACCUCACCAGUCUCGUGGCCUUCCUCACGUCCACGUUAGUCAUGUCCCAUGCCUGGCUGCCCGCUCUACACUAUAUGGCAACGCGCACUCCGCUCGCUCCUCUCGCAGCCCUCGACGUGCUCGAUACAAAUAUUAUAACGCACAGUUUGCAUUCGGAACUGCCCUCAUUGACCUCAUACACCAACAAUGCAACACUACACCAGUCCACUUUGGAUAUUCUCACUGAAGAGACUGUUUCUGACAGCCUAAAGUGUUGCACGAAGUGGACCAAAUAUCAGGAUAGUACGACGAGCAAGAGGAAUUGGUAUGACGCAAUCGUAGUGUACGACUGGAAGACCUUGGAGCCGUGGUGGUCGACGACGUCUGUUCUCAACUGGCUGUACCAGAGCUCUCUCGUAAACCCGAUGCAGCGUUGGCUGGACAAGCUCAGCUCAGUAAGCGAGCUAGUUGCGCGCGAUGUCGGCGGCUCUACACCGCCGCGGAGCUGCGGCGCGGCGCCGAGCUGUCUGCGGCAGGGCCUCAACCUCAGCAAGCUGGGCGCGCUCGUGGCCACCGUGUCCGACCGGUAGGCCCGCCCUGAUACAUACAAGGCUGAUAAUACGGACAAUGAGUGACGCCGGGUUCACAGGACAAUUUACAACACCUACAAUUUUAUUAGGAACUAUUUCAAACUUUGUUAUUAAGUGUAAAACUAGGCUUAAAAAGCUAGUAAACAUAACUAUAACUUAUUUUUAUAAGAUAGGCUUUACGUUAAGCCGUUAAAGAUUGUUUUUUUGCUUUAUAAAAAAUUAUGUUGGAAUCGCGUUGUAAAAUGUCUCGUGAGCAACUUUAAUGUUCUUUAAAUAAAUUGUUAUACUUCUAUUCUUCUGUGGCUACGGAAUUGUAUCUCAAAACAAAUGAGAGAAAUGUAUGAGCAUCAGCGAGGCUACCACUCUGCGGAGCGACGACGCCUCGCAAACAUCAACGACACCGCACAACGUAACGUACCUAUCGUCAUCGCGUUACGAGUAUAUUACUGUGCGACGUAAACUUUCUGAUGCGUCGUCGCAUCGCAGUGCUUUGUCUUCGUCUUGUCCUGAAAGUUUUGUAGAUUAGAACGUAGUCUCUCACUACAGCCAAUUAAAAUAAAUAUCAUUUGUUGUAAGAAACCUAGUUGUCUAUAGUUAGCGACGAUGAUUGACUUGUAGUAAUUCUACAGAAGGAACAGUUGUUACGUGUCCAAUAUUAAAUCUGCUAGAAUAGAAAAUGGUCAGUCCAUUAUUACAACACUUGAUAUAAAUGAAUAUAUAUUUUUACAAACUUGUCAGCGACGUAAUAGCAUUGGCGAAGGAUUCAAACAAUAUCGCUCUAGUGCUAUCAAUAAUUCUAUCUAUUUUUGUAUGUGAUGUGGUGUAUUAAAACUACCAGCAAUGAAAA